AUUAUUACUAAUAAUAACAUUAGCUCCUUAAACAAUUAGUGUAUACCCUAAAGUGAUUUCUUAUAUACAGCUCAUCUAAAUUUAAAAAUUUGGAAAUCAGCUCUUUUUGUUCCCUGUAUACAUUGUGAUUAAUUGAACCUUAAGAAACAUUGUCCACCAGCUACGUCAUUCUACUUCUCCGAUUAUAAUAUUAUUACUUCUAUGGAGAAAGUUUUUAACCUUCCUUUGUUAUGAGCUCUCGUGUACCAUAGGGUUUAAGUGAUCUUGAAGUAAUAUUUCAGUUCAAUAUGAAUGAAAAAGAAUAUUCAUUGGAUGAUGUUUAUUUUUCAUUAUCUGAUACACAACAAUUUAAAGGAACAAAAGAUCCUGAGGAGUUAAUGAAAAAGAGUGUCAUUUCAAAUGGGUUUUUAGCUAAAAAAAAGUUACCAGUUGCUAUGUACAACACUAAGAUAAGUAAUAAGAACCAGAAAAUAAAGCGUAAGUUGCCAGAAGAAACCAGAACUGACAUCAAAGUCCUUAAAAUGAGGGCUGCUUUAGAUCCGAAGCGGUUUUAUAAGAGGAAUUUGAUGAAAGGGAGAAUAGAAAAUGUUCAGGUUGGAACAGUUUUAGAUUCUCCUGCUGAUUUCUACAAAAGCCGAUUACCAAGCAAAUUAAGGAAGAAAACUUUAGUUGAUGAGCUGUUGGCUGAUGCAAAAUUUAAGAAAGAUAUUAAAAGGAGAUAUGUUGACAUAAUAGAACAGAAGAAAUUUAAGUAUAAAAAAGAAUAUAAAUUACAAAAAAAGAGACAAAAGUCUCAUUCUCAUAAAUAGUUAAUAAUAAAUUUAAGUUUUUAUC